AUGGAAGACAAGGGACUUCGCAUCGGUGCUAUCUUCAUCAUCCUCGCUGUCUCCAUAGCUGGGACGUUAGUGCCAUUUAUCUCGCAGAAAAUUCUCCAAAACAGCACGAAUCCGGUCGGAAUGGAGGCAAUUCGAGCGUUUUCCUUUGGCGUGGUGCUCUCAACAGGAUUGAUCCACAUGAUCAACGAAGGAAUUGAGAAACUCAGUGACGAAGCGCUCGGGCCAAUAGCGGAAGACUAUGGAUAUCUGGGCUUGGCUAUUGUACUUGCCACAUUGGUACUGUUACAUUUGAUCGAGUGUGAAAGCGUCGUGUUUUUUGGAGAGAAAGGAUCCGCUCUACAUGGCCACACUCAUAGUCACAGUCAUGGCCACAAUAACGAACAUAGUCGAGAUCAUGACGACGAAAACGCCUUGGAUCUGGCUAGUCCUCGAAGUGUGAAUUUUCACUCUUUGCAGCCCUGUGAUAGUCCGAACCCAGCGAAAGCACAAGACCCGAACAUCCGUAACACAAUCGCCACUAUUAUCUUCGAAGCAGGAGUUAUCUUUCACUCCGUAAUCGUCGGGAUUGAUCUUGGUGUUACCUCUGGAACCGAAUUCAAGACGCUGCUUACUGCUCUUUGCUUUCAUCAAUUCUUCGAGGGUAUUGCGAUCAGUAGUGCGGCUCUUGGAUCCAUGACGAAUCGCAAGAAAGUAUUUCUUAUAAACGCUGCGUUCGCUAUCACCACACCGAUUGGACAAGUCAUAGGUAUUGGUAUUCGUAACUCGUACUCGAGUGAGUCGACGACGGCGUUGUGGGUACAAGGAGUAUUCGACUGUGUGGCAGGCGGCAUUUUACUGUACACAGGACUUGUAGAGCUCCUGACGUACAACAUGACCACCAACGAGAAGAUUUUGUCAAGAAGUCCUUCUCAGCGUUUCACGCUCUAUGGUUGUCUAUGGAUGGGAGCUGCUUUGAUGGCUCUUAUCGGUAGAUGGGCCUAA